AUGGACCAGCCCAUGCCAGAGUUCCCCGUCGGCCCCGUUGCCACGCCCAGCUCCUUCAAGCUUCAUUUGGGGCGACCAACCCGGGGAGAUGCCGAAGUCUCCUUCUCCGUCUCUUCCUCCAGGGGGGAUCUGGGGCUAAACAAGGGAACCCCCCUCUUUGCUCCUCGGGACUUCGCCCAAAGUGGCGCGUGGUCCCCCCCCUCCAAAAAAACCCCGGGCUUCGCUUGGUACGUUCCGCACGUGCGCCGGGUGCUGGUCUGUCGGGCGAGGCGCGUGCCCUGCGGGCAAACCACGCACCCGGCAGCGCCAAAGGCGUGUAGGGCUGGGGAGGGAGAGGAGAGGGAGGGGGGAGAGGCGCAGGAGUGGGCAGAGAGAAAGAGGGGGGGGAGGGGGGAUCCAAACUCCUUCCGCGCUCCCUCCUCCCCCCUCCCCUUCUCCAAAGGCGGCUCUGCUACAACUGCGCGCCAGGCUGCAUGUGCCACUCUGGUGCCCAGACAGCCACAGGAGCCGAAGAGAAAGCGGCCGCCCGGCACCGGCAUGGAGGAAGGCAGAGCCGCGCUGGAGCCCCGGGACUUCCUCGGGCUGGAUUACCCGUCGCUGUACCUGUGCAAGCCCAAGAGAGGCAUGAAGCGGGAUGACAGCAAGGAAACAUACAAACUACCGCAUAGAUUAAUUGAAAAGAAAAGACGAGAUAGGAUUAAUGAGUGCAUUGCUCAACUGAAAGAUUUAUUGCCUGAGCAUCUGAAACUGACGACGCUAGGGCAUCUGGAGAAAGCUGUAGUUUUGGAAUUAACUUUGAAACAUUUAAAAGCUUUAACGGCCUUAACAGAACAACAGCAUCAGAAGAUAAUUGCUUUACAAAAUGGAGAGAGGUCUCCAAAGUCUCCCCUGCAGUCGGAUCUGGACGCUUUCCACUCGGGCUUCCAGACCUGCACCAAAGAAGUCCUGCAAUACCUCUCCCGCUUUGAAAGCUGGGCAGCCCGGGAGCAGCGCUGUGCCCAGCUGAUUGGCCACCUGCAUGCUGUCUGUGCCCGCUUCCUGCCGGGCACCCAGCUUCCGGUUCCCAAGGGCUCAAUGGUGGGCAAAGGUAGAGCAGAGAGCCACCCCAACUGUGUGCCUGUCAUCCAGAGGACUCAGAGCACCAAUGGGGCUGGGAGUGCAGCUGCUCCAAAUGGGCACCAUCCUGCGGGAAAUGGCAACAGCAGUGUGGAGCUUAGUGGGGAGAAUGACACUGACACUGACAGUGGCUACGGUGGAGAGGGCGAAGGCGAGAAAGUGCGGAUCAAGCAGGAGCCUCCCGGGGAAGAUGCCCCACCGAAAGCCAAGAGGCUGAAGCUGGACUGUGCUGCAGAGCAGGCGGCGGCGGCCCUCCUAAGACCCAAUCCAACCUUGCUGAGCUCCUUGGUGGCUUUGGGAGGCCUGGGCAAUGGAGCAGUGUCCCCUUUCGGGCAGCCCUCUGCAGCUCCUUUCUGCCUGCCUUUCUACUUCCUCUCCCCUUCCGCCGCUGCUGCCUACAUGCAGCCUUUCCUGGACAAGAGCAGCUUGGACAAGUAUCUCUAUCAAACAGCAACUGCUCCCAUCCCUUUGCUCUACCCUGGGAUUCCGGGCCCCACCUUCCCUUGCCUCUCCUCUGUCUUGGCGCCAGCAGAGAAAGCCUCUGCUUCAGCCUCCUCUGCCCUGCUGUCUCCUGGCCUGGCUUCUCCUUCCCAGCCCCUUCCAGCUCUCUUCACUGCGGGGAUCCCCUUGGAGACAGAGCCCCCUUCUCCAGAACAGCCUUCGCCCUCAUCUGGAGAGGAAGAGCCUUGAGAGAAUGAGAGAGAGGCUGAGGCAGCAUUUCACAAACAGCACUUUGGGUUUAGACUCCCUUGUUCCACAGGAAGGACCUGCCACACCUGAGAAUGACAAGCAGGCCUCUUCCUUGAAUGUAACUGGUCCCUUUAAAGAAUGAUUGUCUCUUGCUUUUGUCCUCAAGAAGGCUCUUUCUUCUCCCUAGAUGUUUUUUUUGGGAAGGAGGGAUCUUUCAUCUGUUCCCCACUUCAUUUCCCAUGCUUCACUUUUAAAAAUGUUAUUUACAUUGGUCUAAAUUCAGGCCCCUUUUACACAGAUGAUUAAAGCAGAUAAUCCACAUCUGUUUUGAACUGGAUUAUAUGAGUAUAGUUCACUGCCAUAUUUGAACUGAUUUAUAAUCCAGUUCAAAGGAGAUAAUCUGGAUUUUAUAUGGCAGUGUUGUUGUGGUGUGGUUUCAAUUCAUUUCGGGCUUCAGCAGAUUUUGGAUUUAUGGUGACCCUAAGGCAAACCUAUUGCCAGUGGCAGACUGGGUCCAAAAUAUGGGUUGCCAGGAAACAAAGCAGGUCCAUCUAUAUAACGUAUGUGUCAAUCUCACAUCACCUGAAUAAAAAUGACCUUUUCAGAAAAUACUGCUUAUAUUUAAAUACAGGAUGUUUGAAAAAGAACUCCCUAUUCACCAUUGAAUUUCGAUGGUGAAUAGGGAGUUCUUUUUCAAACACCCUGUAUAGAGGCUUCUUCUGCACUGUCAUAUAAUCCAGAUUAUCAAAGCAGACGAUCCACAUUAUCUCCUUUGCACUGGAUUAUAUGAGUCUACACUACCAUAUAAUCCAAUUCAAAGCAGAUAAUCUGGAUUUUAUAUGACAGUGUAGAAGGGCCAAAGUCUCCUUGAAAAAGGAUUGUAUUAUUCUUUGAAUUAUACUAUGUAACAUGAUUUUUGUUCCUGGGUUAUAAAUGUCCUAUUUUAAUUGGCUCAGUCAUAAAAACCUGGGAAAAGUUGAUUAAACUGCAGAAACUUCAUUUUUGCGGGACAUCCUGUGGACCAUUUUGUUAAAGUUUUUCAAUAAAUGUCUCACAGAGUUUCAACCAAUUCAACAUAGUUUGUGGCAGCCACAAAAACAAAGUUUCUGGAGUAGAACAAUUCCUUUCAAAGUACGUUCUGUGCAAUUAAACAGCAAACAAUACUUUCAAACCAGAAACAGAUAGUUUUUUUCAAAUUUGGUUACAUAGUGUUAUUUGAAAAUGAUAAUGCAAUGUACAUUUUAGUCUUAUACGGGAGUACUCAUUAAACUUCUAUCACAUUUUCAAGCUAUUAAAAGGUCAUUAGCAUUUUUACCAUAUUGUCUAAUGUUUCAGGGGACCCCCUUGUCUUUGGGCAAGUUGACACCUUGGCCAGUCUGCCAUUGCCUAUCACAGAGCUUUCUGGGGCUGAGCGUUUAUGUAUUUUCACAGUUAGUUUUUGUGGCUGAGUUGGGAUUUGAACUCUGGUCUCCAGACUCAUAGUCCAACAUUCAAACCACAACACCAGGCUGGCUCUCCCCAGUUAACGUUGACCAAUUAUAUUAGUUGCCAAGUGCUAAGUCAACACUAGACAAAUCCCAUUUAUCCAGUGAGUCUACUCUAAUUGAGACUAGCAAAAUGUUGGAUUUAGGCCAGUGUAUUUGUGAGUUUUUAAACAUUGUGAAGCAUAUAUUCCUCUUCUGUAUUUGGACUGGAACCAAAGUAAAUUGAAAGAGUACUUUAGAACAGUAUAUCUGUCAUCUGUCAUGAAACUGACUCAGAGAAACAUAACCUGUUGGAUGUUUUGCAUCACAUACCCCUUGUACAAGCUGUGCUCAGCUCACAGCAUGUCAUGCCAUUUCCAUUAAUUUAAUUGGUGUUUAUGUAGAAUAAUUUCCCAGUGGAUUGCAUCCAUAAUGGGGUAAAAUGUAAUAGGCUUUUCUGCUUGAUUGGGUUAAUUUACAGUUGUAUUCUUAGGUUCCUGGGAUUAAAUCUCAAUGAGCCCAAUGAUUUAUUAUUGAUAUAUACUGAUAUUAUUGAUAUAACGGUCCACAUGAAUUUCUGGGCAUAAGCCAGUCAAUUGUAAGAACUGAAAUCACAAGGACUGACAUUCAAUUGGGCCAAAUGCCAACAAAUUUGAUGGCGCUUUGGGACCAUUUCCAUGGACUCUUGGUUACUUUUGUGACUUGAAACAUUCAAAGGACUGGAUUAAUCCAUUCAUAAUGAAGAAUGGGGGUGAACUGAGGUGAGAAUAGCCUUCACUUUAUAUCACUAGCACUUUAUUGACAAAUAGGCCAUAAAUGAAUUGACCUUGUUCAAGUCUUUUGUUGUUGUCUUGCAUCCUUAUAUCUGCCCUGGCAUUAGCUCAACAGUUCAGACAACGCAGGAACUAUCCAUGGUUUCAAUUUUUUUUUCCAAAAAGCAAGUUUAUUCACCUCCAUUUUAUUAUUUCAAUUUUUUGUUUUUGAUUUUAAGUUACCUUGUUUUAUGGCUAGACUAGACUACAAAUAGAUGUCUGGAUUGAAGACCCCAAUGCUAUCCAUGCUUAUUCAGAAAAAAGUGCCACAGUGUUUGGUAGGGUUCAUAUCCUGGUAAUUGUGUUUGCGAUUGUGACCUAAUCCAAGAUUAUGUUGUAUCUCCAAAGGACAAUGUAAUAAGUCUGCCUCUGUUGGUUUUGUGCUUCUUCCUUGAUAGAUGAAGGCAACCAAAAGUGCUUUUCCUGCCAUGGAGAUAAAGGCCACCAUUAAAGGGUUAUUAGCUGAACAUCCUAAGGAAAGAAAAUUCAUAUUAAUAACAAAAUAUGUGUGUAGUAAUGAGGAAAGGGUAGGACGAGGCUUUACUGCAAGGUCUUUCUGUCUCCAGAUAUCCCAAUUUCCCUUUCUGGGAACUGUUGCCAGACACCAGAUAAUCACACAACUAAAGCUCUGUUAAUAAGGCUUAAGCCGAGAACCUUGCGUAGAUAUUUUUAGUUUGUUGCCAAGGUAGCACUGUGAGAAAUCUCACUCCAAUGUUAUGUAAGAGGUGAGACACAACAGUCUGACUGUGAGUGAAUAUGCCUGGGUCUGUUAGUCAUUUUGGGUGUGUUUGCUGCUACUGCUGUUGCUUCUGUUUGCCUCAAACGCUGUGUUUCAACAACGUUGUUCACCCACCCACGUUUCUUUAAAAAACAUUACAGAGCCAACAGAAUGGCUGUAUGUAUAUAGUUGUUAAUACAUCUAAUUAAUGAUGUCCGACAUGCUAUUUUUGUAGGAAGAAGAUACGCAUUAAUGAUAUUUUGAGUUAAACUAUUUCGAGACGGAAUUGUUGGGGGGAAAGUUGCACUUUUGUUACAAUGCUUAUGCUUGGUACAAGCUUAUGCUGUCUUAAAUUAUUUUAAAAUAAUAAAUGCUAUCUGCAAGAAAUGAGUUGUUUUCAGAACAGUUUAAGUAUGUGAGAUAUUAGGAAUUGAUCUUUAUAUUCAAUACUUUCUAGCAGUCCAUGAAUUCUGCUAUCCAAAUAUCUCCACGGUAUUUUGUGAUUUAAACACAAACCCACAUUCUUACUAAAGAAUAAAAAAAACUCAUUUAAUAUACAA